AUAUUAUAAUUUUUUUGAGAGUUCAAUGAUUUGCUUUCAAAGCAGUUUUUGAUCUACUGAACAUGUUUUUCGAGUCAAUAAGUAAAGAGCAUAACUCGUAGAUAUUUUAUUUUUCGAAAAAAGUCACACCACUUCAUUCAUCCGGAAAAGACGUUUUAACGAUCAAAAGCUUGCACUCCAAACGUAACGCUCUCGUUUUCAAAACUUUACAACAAAGUAUAGAAAUGAAAGACGUAGUGCCGAAUUUAUUUUAAGUGCUCCCGUGGCCGAGUGGUUAGCGUCACACCUAACUUUCCGGGAGUUCGGGUUCGAUUCCCGUUCUGGUCGGGGAAAUUUUUCGUCAAAAAAAAUUCCUUCCUGGUCACGCGUAUUCUAGAACUUGCCACUAAUAAAACUAAUAAAAAUUACGCAAGUAAUACUACGUUGAGACGGCGAAGUUCCUCUAGGAACGUUAGUGACAUUUAAAAAGAAGAAGAAGUAGUGCCGAAUGAAAAGAACAUUCAGCCCGAAAAUUAUUUGCUCUCUAAUAAACAUGCAUAAGUUAGAAGAUCUAACCAACAGACUCUCGCGCGAUAAGAAGCCGAAUAGAAUUCAUAUAUUCCAUUCCACGUUAGCAACAGACUUCUUGAAUAAUGUGGAUUUCUGUAGAUUAGAACGUAUCGCUUCUUAUGUAUUCGUAUAGUGAAUUGAGAGAUGAGCGUAGACUGCAUUACUGAUAUGAAUGUUCUUCAUGAAUAACCUCCAAUCGUAGUUUUGCCAUGGAACAAAAGCGCUUUUCGAGUUUUUUGUUUGCAGUGGCUCUGAUCAUUCCCCGAGCCGCCGAUGGCUGGUUUUAUAUCUGUUAUGUCGAAUCCUCGAUCAUCUUAAAUGAUAGCUGCAAUUUGAAGGACCUCGUGAUUACGGAAAACAUAGAUGUGAACAAUAUUUAUUUUCCACCGACGAACAUAAACUUUUUCCAAUCGAAUUUUUCAUCAUUUACGCCAGCUUUAGGCAGACGACUAACCGUUGAAACGGAAAGAGUUAAUUUCUACAAUUGCCUCAUGACGAAGUUUUAUAUUCCUCUAACGGUGAAGAGGAUUGAAAUUUUCUUCAAUAACUUGCAAACAGUUUAUGCGAAUAGCAUAAAAGAGAAUCAACUCGAGCAUCUGAUUAUUGUGGAUACUAAAAUCUCGCAUAUUCGAUUCGUAGAGGCUCUCACAAAAUUGCGUUAUUUACACCUCACUGGGAAUUCUAUUAGGUAUGUCGAUUUUGGAAAAUUUCGCAAGCUUACAGCUAUUGAGAUUAUUGAUUUGAGCGAUAAUCAAAUACAUUAUAUUGAUCCAGGAACAGAACCGAUUGUGCUGCCAAACUUGGUGGAAUUGAUUCUGUACAAAAACUUUCUAAAUGAGUUUGACAGCAGUAUGUGGUAUUUUCCAAAGUUAUUCAGUAUCCAACUGCACAAUAAUUUCAUGCGAUCCAUGAAUGUGAAGGACUUGGAAAGGGCAGUACCGCAGCUUAGCCAUAUAAGUUUGAGUGAAAACCUGUGGAAUUGUAUGCGGAUCAUUGCUGUGAUUCGUUACUUGCAAAGCCGGAAUAUAAGCUUUCUGGACAAAGGAACGAAAAACAACUGUAACACGUUUGGUCACUAUCAAUACGUUAGUUAUUCGGCACUAGAUGAAAUAACUGAAACGAGGCAAACGCUGACGAGACUAAACAGCACCGCUUCGGAACAUUAUCAAAAUGCUAAAUCUGAAGUAUUAAUGGAUGUGUUGAAGAGGAACAAUGCUGUACAGAGUGGUUUGACAAAGAUUGAAGUAGAGCUGCGGAAGCUGUUUAUCAAAUACAAUAAGCUUAAACUAUGGGUACUGAAUCGUGAAUUUUGAAACAUCACCCUUCUAAUUUUUUCUCCUGUUUUCAUCAAUAUACUUGUUAUCCUUAUAAAAAUUUAA